CUCCCACCUGUCCUCCCAACCCCACCUGAGCUCCCACCUGUCCCCCCCAACCCCGUUCCAGGACCUGCCCCUGGGGCUCAUGGACGACAUCUACGAGUUCGUCAAGAACUUCUCCAUCCGGAUCGACGAGGUGGAGGAGAUGCUCACCAACAACCGCAUCUGGAAGAACCGCACCGUGGACAUCGGGGUGAUCACGGCCGAGGAGGCCUUGAACUACGGCUUCAGCGGGGUGAUGCUGCGGGGCUCCGGCAUCCACUGGGACCUGCGGAAGACGCAGCCCUACGACGUCUACGACCAGGUGGAGUUCGACGUCCCCAUCGGCUCCCGAGGCGACUGCUACGACAGGUACCUGUGCCGGGUGGAGGAGAUGCGGCAGUCGCUGCGGAUCAUCCUGCAGUGCCUCAACAAGAUGCCCCCCGGGGAGAUCAAGGUGGACGACGCCAAGAUCUCGCCCCCAAAACGGGCGGAGAUGAAGACCUCCAUGGAGUCCCUGAUCCACCACUUCAAGCUCUACACCGAGGGCUACCAAGUGCCCCCCGGGGCCACCUACACGGCCAUUGAGGCCCCCAAGGGGGAGUUUGGGGUGUACCUGGUGUCCGAUGGCAGCAGCCGCCCCUAUCGCUGCAAGAUCAAGGCCCCCGGAUUUGCUCACCUGGUGAGGGACAGGGGACACCUAGGGGGGGUCACCUGGGGACACCUGGGGACAGGGGACACCUGGGAGGACACCUGGAGACAGCUGGGGGGGACAGGGGACAUUGGAGGGACAGAGAACACUACAGGACAAAGGGGACAAAAGGUUUAA